UAAGAAAGACAUUAAUCUCCCGCUGGGGCUCCUGCCCCGUCAGAUCUUCGGCCCUCUCCUGCAGGAAGUGAAUCUGAUGCCGGAACUCAAUGAUCCAGUGACUCGGCAGGAUAAGAUGGCGACCGUGUGGGAUGAGGCUGAGCAAGAUGGAAUCGGGGAGGAGGUACUCAAAAUGUCCACGGAAGAGAUCAUUCAGCGCACGCGGCUGCUGGACAGUGAGAUCAAGAUCAUGAAGAGCGAAGUGUUGCGAGUCACCCACGAGCUCCAGGCCAUGAAAGACAAGAUCAAAGAGAACAGUGAGAAAAUCAAAGUGAACAAGACCUUGCCAUACCUCGUCUCCAACGUCAUCGAGCUGCUAGAUGUUGAUCCCAACGACCAAGAGGAGGAUGGUGCCAAUAUCGACCUGGAUUCCCAGAGGAAAGGCAAGUGUGCAGUGAUCAAAACCUCUACACGACAGACGUACUUUUUGCCUGUUAUUGGAUUGGUGGAUGCUGAAAAGCUGAAGCCAGGAGACCUGGUGGGUGUGAACAAAGACUCCUAUCUAAUCCUGGAGACCCUGCCCACAGAGUAUGAUUCAAGAGUAAAGGCCAUGGAGGUGGACGAGAGACCCACAGAGCAAUACAGUGAUAUUGGGGGCCUGGACAAGCAGAUUCAGGAGCUGGUGGAGGCCAUUGUCCUGCCAAUGAACCACAAGGAGAAGUUUGAGAACUUGGGGAUCCAGCCUCCCAAAGGUGUGCUGAUGUAUGGGCCCCCAGGCACAGGGAAGACCCUUCUGGCUCGGGCCUGUGCUGCACAGACUAAGGCCACUUUCCUGAAGCUGGCUGGCCCCCAGCUGGUGCAAAUGUUCAUUGGAGAUGGUGCCAAGCUGGUCCGGGAUGCCUUUGCCCUGGCCAAGGAGAAAGCUCCAUCCAUCAUCUUCAUUGACGAGCUGGAUGCCAUCGGCACCAAGCGCUUUGACAGUGAGAAGGCUGGGGACCGGGAGGUCCAGAGGACAAUGCUGGAGCUUCUGAACCAGCUGGAUGGGUUCCAGCCCAACACCCAAGUAAAAGUCAUUGCAGCCACUAACAGGGUGGACAUCCUGGACCCCGCCCUGCUCCGCUCAGGUCGUCUGGACCGCAAGAUCGAGUUCCCAAUGCCCAAUGAAGAGGCCCGGGCCAGAAUCAUGCAGAUCCACUCCCGGAAGAUGAAUGUCAGUCCUGAUGUCAACUAUGAGGAGCUGGCCCGCUGCACAGAUGACUUCAAUGGGGCCCAGUGCAAGGCCGUGUGUGUGGAGGCGGGCAUGAUCGCGCUACGCCGGGGUGCCACAGAGCUCACCCAUGAAGACUACAUGGAGGGCAUCCUGGAGGUGCAAGCCAAGAAAAAAGCCAACCUGCAAUACUACGCCUAGCGAGGCUGCCCACUGGACUGCUCCCUGGUCUCUGCCUGGUUAAAAUUAGUAAUAAAAGAUGGUUUUCGGGACCCUGCCA